AUGCAGAAAAAAGGGGAGGCCAUUCUGAAUUACCAGAAUGAUGUACUUGAGUUAAACACAAGGUCACAGCCUGGGCCAAGGAGCCCUGAGCGAAUAGAAGGUGAAGACUACCACACGCGCCUGCUUGAAAACCAGCUCUGCGUGGGUGACUUUGUGAAAAUACAGAGGGCCUUUGAGUCCCCAGAGCCACGAGGAAACAUUUGCAUGUCCAGAGAGGAGUUUACACAAAGGAUGAUGGAGGUUAUUGGUUGGGGCUCACAGGAAGAAUAUGGAGAGCUCUUUGACAGAGUGGAUGUGGCCCAGGAAGGUUUCAUUAACUGGGACAAGCUGACUACAUUUAUGCUGUUAUCACUGUAUGAGAAAGAUGAACGGACAAAGGCAACGGUGGUUCCCCAGUGGAAGGACCUGGAAUUCCUCCCAGCAAAACAUAAGGAUACCAUUCAAAAUGUGAUUUUCUUGAAAAGUUCAAGUCGUUAUCUGACAAUCAGCAAAGAAGGUUUAAUUGGAAUUUGGGGUGAGAAUUUGAAGCUUCAAGAAAUAUUUCCCAUCACUUCAGAUACCACCAAACUCAAACACCUGUGGGUUACAAGCCUGGUUUCUCUGGAAAAUGUGAACAAGAUAGCAGUGGCUUUCACAAGUAAAGAGAUUUGUUUCUAUGAUCUGCUGUCCAAAGAAGAAUUUUCUUGUCAAUACAAACUCCAAGGCCUGAAAGGAGCACCAAUUUACAUGCAUUAUUGGUAUGAUCCUCUAGAUGCCAAUAAAUCCAUUCUUUCUUUUGGGGAUAUAACUGGAAAGGUUCAAGCCAUCGUGUUCACAGCAGCCUCAAUUUCCCUGUUUGAACGUCCUGCUACAGCGUGUGAAGAUGAAGAAGCCACCAUGACUAUUAACUGGGCAGAACUGCUCUCUGGAUGCCACAGCUGUUGCCAUGUAUUAGAGCACAGACUUCACCAUGGAGACUGGGUCAGGCAAGUUAUGUACAGUGCAUCUUUGGAUGCUAUCAUUUCCAGUACAACCAGCAAUGCAAAUACUGUGGUGUUGGCUUGGAGAGAGAAAUCAAAAAAGCAUCUGAAAAUGACAUCCUUCAACAUUGCCCAGGGCAUUCAUGCUUUUGAUUACCACUCUCAGCUCAACUUAAUUGCAACUGCUGGCAUUAACAAUAAAGUUUGCCUUUGGAAUCCCUAUGUUGUUUCUAAACCAGUGGGUGUCCUUUGGGGUCACUCAGCCAGUGUAGUAGCUGUCCAGUUCUUUGUUGAAAGAAAACAACUUUUCAGCUUCUCCCAAGACAAAGUUUUGAGACUCUGGGAUAUUCAACUUCAGCUGUCCAUCCAGAGAAUAGCCUGUUCAUUCCCCAAAAGUCAGGACUUCAGAUGCCUCUUUCACUUUGAUGAAGCCCGUGGACGACUUUUCAUCUCAUUUAAUAACCAGCUAGCAUUGUUGGCAAUGAAGAGUGAGGCCAGCAAGAGGGUGAAAAGCCAUGAGAAAGCAGUCACUUGUGUUCUUUACAAUUCCCUCCUGAGACAGGUAAUCAGCUCUGAUAUGGGGUCCACUGUUUCCUUCUGGAUGGUAGACACUGGGCAGAAAAUCAAACAGUUUACUGGUUGCCAUGGCAAUGCAGAAAUCAGCUCUAUGGCCCUUGAUGCAAAUGAGACACGGCUUUUGACUGGCAGCACAGAUGGGACUGUAAAGGUAUGGGACUUCAACGGAUUCUGUCACCACACACUAAGUGUUGGGCAAGAUGGAGCUGUGGAUAUUUCACAGAUCCUUGUUCUUAAGAAGACAAUCCUGGUUACAGGCUGGCAGAGAGGUAUUACUGUGUUUCGACCCCAGACCUUCAAUCAAUUUUUCAUCCAGUCUGAGGAAUGGAAAGGAGGAGUACAGCACCAGGAUGACAUUCUGUGUGCUGCAUUUUUACCCCCGCAAACUCUUGCUACAGGGAGUUAUGAUGGGGAAAUUAUUCUGUGGAACAAUAGCACAGAAAACGCACACCAUGUCCUUCAUCCUGAUUACCAGAGGCUGGUGAAAUCAAAAUCAGAUCCAGAACCUCAAAGGCUUCUCAGUGCUAGGAGGAGCUGCUCCACCCACCUCAUGGCAGAUCAAGGUACCAUGGGAGCCUGCACCUUUGAUAUCAACACCCAGGGCAAUAACGCUGUUAUGAAGCUUUGCUUUCUUGAAGCAAGAAAAAACAUUUCAGCAACAGGAGGAGCCAACCUGGUAUCAUGUGGAGGAUGUGGUUCUGUCAGAUUCUGGGACACAUUUAAAAAGCAACUUCUGGCUGAAUUUUUGGCUCAUAGUGGAGUUGGAUCCAUUACUAUGUCUACUGAUAAAUUGAAUCGCUAUCUCACCACAGGAGAUCUGAAUGGGUGGUUGAAAAUCUGGAAUAUACAGGAGUACUGUCUUAACUCCAGCAAAAAGAGAAUCACACAGGCCCCGCCUCUGUUAAGAUCAUUCCAGCCUCAUGAGGACCGCAUAAGUUGCCUGGAGAUGUGUGAGGCGGGUGGGCAUCUGCUCGUCCUCUCAUCCUCUGCAGACUGUAGUGUUUGUGUGACUGGCGUCUGCGAUUCUCCUGUUUGGAUCUUUGGCCAGGCAAAGCAUUGGCAUUUUGACAACUAUCUCUUUCUUCCUGAAAGAGUUACUCACUUAAAGGAAAGUGAAAUUAAAAAGGAAGGCAUAAGAGCAACCCCUUUAUUUUCUAAGGAGGAUUCACAUUUAGAUCCAAAAGAACAUUCUCUACUUAGUAAGGAAAACAAAGAUGACUCAACAUACAAAGCUAGACCAUCAGAAGACAUAAAUUUAGCUAUGAAUUAUAAGGAAAGAAAUACUUUUAUGAAAAAAAUACAGAAACCUUAUUAUGGUGAAGUUAUACAACAAUCAUCCAGUGCAUUUCGGUCAUUAAGCAUCAGAGACCUAAAAGAACUGCCCGAGGUGAAUAAACCUGCCUUCCUCCUCGACCCUGAGCAGUAUUUCAGGGAAGAGCCACAAGAGGAACACCUCCAAAUCCCAGAGCUCCCAUCGCUUUCAGAAACUUUGAAAGCUGUAUUUGAUGAGAAAAACCUGUUCCCCAAAGGCAUCCUGGAUCGUGAAAGAAGAGCCAAGCAAUUAUGUCAGGAAACAAGUUGUGAAAUGAAGAUAAAAAAGAAAUAA